AUGGAGAUUCUCAAGGAGGAUUUCGAGGCAAAGUUCCCAGUGCUCCAAAAGGCAAUCUCAAAGUGCGACUUCAUCUCCAUGGACACCGAAAUGUCUGGCCUCUCCACCCCCCAAAACUCCCACCGCCACCCUGACAGUCUCCCUACCCGCUACUCAAAAGUUUCUGCCAGCGCCAACGAGUUUCUGGUGGUCCAACUCGGAAUCUGUUGUUUCACUUGGUCCGACCAGCUGGGUGCCUAUGAGGCUCAACCCUUCAACUUUCCUUGUUUUCCUUCGAAUGACGAUGAGGCCAAGUCCGGGGAGAGGUUCUUUGCGAGUCAGAGUACCAGUUUGGAGUUUUUGUUGAAGAACCAUUUUGAUUUCAACAAGUGGAUUCGUCAUGGGAUUCCCUACUUGACGAGGAAGGAGGAGGAGGAUUAUAUUGUCAAGAAGACCGAGAAGGAGAAGGCUUUCGCCAACUCGAGCCAGAAUGACAUCCCUAUCGAUGACCGCAACAGAUCCUUUAUUGAGUCUACAAUCGCGAAAAUUAAGGAAUGGCUGGCUAGCACAAGCGAACUCACCAACGAGGAAUUGACCAUCCCCGCCAACAACGCCUUCUACAGGAGAUUGGUCCAUCAGAUCAUCAGGACAGAAUUCAAGAGCGAACUCGACAGCUCAUCCAACGCACACGAGCGCACCAUGACCCUCCGACGCAUGACGGAAAAGAUCAGGAAGGAGAAGGAGGAGGCCAAGAUUGCCAGGCCACCCAAGCUCAACCUUCGCAGGGUACUUGAUUUAAUCUCGGAGGCCAAGAAGCCCCUCAUUGGACACAACUGCUUCUUGGAUCUCAUGCAAAUUACGCAGCAGUUUCUGUGGGAUUUGCCGUUUGAUCUGGAUGACUGGAAGCGCGCUUUGAGCCUCGAGUGGAAGACUGUGAUUGAUACAAAGCACCUUGCGACACACCCUUUGAUUAAGCAGCACUUGGACAACUCGGGACUCGAUCUGGUCGACAGGACAGUACAGAGGCGCCCCUUUUCUACUGUCGGACCCAAAAUCGUGAUGGCAAAGAACUAUGACCGCUAUGUAAUUGAGCCUGUCAUGGAGAAUGAGAUCGCCUCGUCUCAUGUGCCUGGCAACUUCAUUACUGGCUUUGUCCGCAACGACCGCAACCCACCCAAGAGCAGCGAUGCUCCUGCCGCUGCUGCGUCUAACGCACCAGCCGACGUCGGUUCAAAGACUCCAGAAGUCGACGCCGCUUCUACCCCUGCCACCGCAACAGACACUCCCCCCGUUGCUAAGCCCGCUGCUGCUCCUGCAGACCCUGCUCCCAUUUCUGGAAAUAGCAACGCGAAAUACCAUGAAGCUGGAUACGACGCUUUUAUCACAGGGCAAGCGUACCUCCGUUUUGCAGGAUAUAUCCUCAAAGAGCGCCAGAGAAUGGAAGACGAGGAAUUGGAGCAUGCACGGAAAAAGCGCAGAGUCGGCAGUUCGGAUGGCUUGAGCAUAGAGGUUGAUGCAGCGUCGGUCACUCAGGGAGAUACCAACGAGGUCAAGACUAUUGAGAAGGCUACCGAGGCGACGGCCACUGAGGACAGGGACACGGAGGUCGAGGAUGGAGAGGUUGAGGAGACACCGAUGGAGAAGGAGGCGAUCCUGGAGAAGCGGAAGCGUGAGAUUAUGGAGAACCCAACACACGACUUUUUGGCGGACAAGGAGUUGCAGGAGUACUACAACAAGUUACAUGUGAUGCGGUCUGAUUUCCCCAUCCUGAACUUGGCUGGUCCCGACCCAGAGCCCGAGGAGCGCCCAUACUCAUACAUGCUCCGAAACAUCCACUCGUCGAUCCAGUCUUCGACGCUGUUCCACCUCUUUGAGCAGUACAACCCUUACACCUUCACAUGGGCAGAUGACAACACUGCCUGGUUCCAGAUCAGCAAGUUUGCACCUGGACCUCCCGGCGAAGAGUCGGAGAGACUGCCCUAUGAACUCAAGCCUUUGCCUCUUGGUCGUCUUGGAGAAGAGUACGUCAAUCCCUUCUAUCUUGGAGAUGAUGUCAAGGCUGUACAAGGGCGCAAUAUGGGCGUUAUUUCCGAAGCUGCAAACAUCGAGAUCCUUUCGUGGAAGCAGUGGUAUGAUGAAAAGGAAGUACGAGAGCGUCAGCAGCGUGAGGCUGAGAGAGCACAGAGGGAGUCACAGGGGUCUCAGCCCCAACAGUUCCGCAAGAAUCCAUUGAAGAAGCCCUACCGAGCUCCCUUCACACCUCCAGUGUCGACACCCACAUCUGAUUCGCCUGGAGCCAUUGCUGCUGCUGCCCCUGUUUUCCCCAACAACAACAACAACAACAGCAACAACGACAACAAGGCCGAAGCUGUUGCGGGAAGCAAGCGCAAGCAUGAUGGAGAAUGA